AUGCUGUUGGUGCUGCUGCUGCUGCUGAUGAUGAUGAUGAUGAUGAUGGUGUUGCGGCUGGUGUUGUUGCAGCAGCAGCAUCAACAGCAGCAACAACAACAACAGCAGCAGCAACAACAGCAGCAACAACAGCAGCAUCAACAGCAUCAUCAGCAGCAGCAGCAGCAUCACCAGCAGCAGCAUCAGCAGCACCAACAGCAUCAGCAGCACCAACAGCAUCAACAGCAGCAGCAGCAGCAGCAGCAGCAACAGCAGCAGCAAGAGUAUAGUACCUGUAUUUUGGUUGUUCGAGGUAACGAAUAA